GCGACGCCUACCCUACUACCGCUUCACUCGCUGCCACUGUUACCACAACCACUCGCUUGGAACUCUCGCGAUAAUAUGCCUUACAGGGAGAUCCUUUUGCUGCUGGGAUAUCAAUGCUUAAGGCGAUGCCCGGUACUCUCGCGAGAAUAUUCAAAAUAGGGCGGUCUUCCUGAUACUAGCCUCCGUCUAAACAGCUCAAGCCGGUGUCGUGACGGCAUCAAUCCGCGCCGGAUGUUUUGGGUAAGAAGGAAGUAGUUUCUUCGCACUCUAUUUCCAGUCAGCAAUUGAAACUGAGAACGGACAAUACUUGAAUCAUGUCUGGAAGCUUCUACUUUGUAAUUGUGGGUCAUCAUGACAAUCCAGUGUUUGAAAUGGAAUUUCUACCAGCUGGUAAAAUAGAAUCUAAGGAUGACCAUCGCCAUCUUAAUCAAUUCAUAGCUCAUGCUGCCCUUGACCUGGUGGAUGAGAAUAUGUGGCUAUCUAAUAAUAUGUAUUUGAAGACUGUGGACAAAUUUAAUGAAUGGUUUGUCUCAGCUUUUGUUACUGCAGGACAUAUGAGAUUUAUAAUGCUUCAUGAUGUAAGGCAAGAAGAUGGAAUCAAAAAUUUCUUCAAUGAUGUCUAUGACCUGUAUAUAAAGUUUGCAAUGAAUCCAUUUUAUGAACCCAAUUCUCCAAUUCGAUCAACUGCAUUUGACAGAAAAGUUCAGUUUCUUGGAAAGAAACAUCUUUUAAGCUGAAAUGCCAUGACCAUACUCUUUUGUUACUUAAUAUAUGUCCUACUGUAUGUUUGUCAUCUUCUGGAUGUGAGGACCAGACUGCAGUCUAAAGGUGCAAGAUAUCCACAAACUGCUCUAAUGCCAGAGGAGAAAAUUAAAACAACCUCUGCUGCCCAGCAAUUAGUGUCUCCAAAUCAUUUAAGUUGUAAAAUAUUUGUAUAUAAUGAAAUAAAAAAAUCUACAU